GUGUAAUGGCCGCAUUAAGAAAACCUUCCGGGUUGAGACCUCCAAAAAUUGUUAGACCUCUGCAAUCUAUUUGCGGGAAUGAACAUGUGGAGCAACAGAAACCCGUAACUGAUAUCAAAGUGUUGAGGCGUUCCAGAUCAGCAACGGACUUGCUGUUAUUCGAAGAAAAGCACUCUGAUAAUCAAACUGCCACUAAAGCCAGUAGUAAAAUUUUUCUGCCAUUUAAAGGCUUAAGGCGUUCCAAAUCAGUAUGUGACUUGCGAAGCAUAGUUAGAAAACCAUUACAUGCUCCCAAAACCUUUAAACCAGAAAAUAUCAAAGAAAACUUAAAUAAGAAAAUUGUUACGCAAAAUGUAAAACAGAACCCUCGACUUGGUAUUGGUACUAAGACAAACAGCAAUAAGUUACCAUCUAAAAGGCCCUCUCCUGCUGGAUCAGUUGACAGUGGUCCUUCAAAACCAAAAAUAAUCAAGACAAACAAAAUUGCUAGCUGGGAUUACAAAGCAAGGUUUAAUCAGUUGCAGGAGAAAUAUAACUCUUUACAGGAAUCAACGAAAACUAUGAAAACUCAAUUGGCAGAAUCAGAACAUAUAAGAGAACAGUUUUCUACAUUGCAAAAACUUUACAAAGAUGCACAGGAACAAAUUAAACUUUUAAGUCAUGAUAAUGAGGCACAUAUCAAAGAAGUUAAAAGAGUAACUGACUUACUUUCUGAGUUAAAGGUGGCUCAUGAAAAGUUAUUGAAAGAGCAUGAAGAAUUAGCGGGGAUUGUAACUGAACUAAAGGAUGUUAAAUCUGAAAAGGAUCAAUUGACAAUUUCAUUAAAUCAAGCCAAAGAUCACAUUUAUAGCAUAGAGACAACUCUUCAAAAUAUGAAGCAAGAUUUGCAGAAUUAUCAAACCGAAAGAAGACGCCUGCAUAACACCAUUCAGGAUUUAAAGGGCAACAUAAGGGUUUUUUGUCGGGUAAGACCUCCCAUAAAUUCGGAAGAAAUGGAUAGUUUGCAGUGCCAAAUAAACAUUGAUCAAAACGUGCUGGAAAUUCGCAAAAGUCGCGAGAGCUUUAGCAAUAUUACAGGGAAAGUUCAGGAACAGCGUGGCGAGUUUACAUUCGAUAGGCUGUUUCCAUGCGACAGCACCCAGGAAGAGUUAUUUGAAGACUUGGCGCAGUUGGUGCAAUCUGCUCUGGACGGUUACGACAUUUGCGUUUUCGCGUAUGGGCAAACCGGUUCUGGUAAAACCUACACUAUGCAAGGCGGGGACAGUGCGCAUUCUCGAGGAGUAAUACCAAGAAGCAUUGACUUGAUUUUUGAGAGUAUCGAAGUAUUGAAAAGGUCGGGUUGGAAAUAUACAGUCCAUGCAAGCUUCCUCGAGAUUUAUAAUGAACAAAUUAGAGAUUUGUUAAACGCUAACAGCCAGCAGAAACUCGAUAUAUAUUUCAAUGAGGGUAAAGGUAUGACCGUGCAAAAUUUGUUUGUCAAACAAAUCUUUUCCGCUCAGGAACUAAACAGGUGUAUGGUAACCGCGCACAAAAACAGGGUAGUCGCGGUAACUAACUUUAAUGAGCACAGUAGCAGAUCGCAUGCUGUUACCAAAAUAUGCCUGGAAGGUAAAAAUUUCGCCAGCUGUAAGUUUUUCCAAAAGCUGUUUGUUUUUUUAGGUGUCUCUACUGAGCAAAAUCUAGUGCUUCGGGGCUCUAUUAAUUUGGUAGACUUGGCCGGAUCCGAGAGCGCGAGGGAUCCAGUUAACAAUGAUCGGUUAGCGGAAACAAAAAAUAUUAACAAAAGUCUGGCGACUCUUGGAGACGUAAUCGUCGCCCUCAAAGCCAAAAAUAAACACGUGCCUUACAGAAACUCUAAGUUGACAUAUUUGCUUCAGUCCUGUUUGGGCGGCAAUUCAAAGACCUUAAUGGUGGUGAAUAUCGCACCAUUUGAAGAAUGUUUUAAUGAAAGUAUAAGCUCGUUACGUUUCGCCGCCAAAGUGAAGGAUGUUAAAACAAAUUCCAAAAAAAACAAAACUGCAUUGAACACCUUAGCCCCCUCAAAGCGUUAGUUGUUAAUUUUAUUUUUUUUAUUCUAAUUAAACGUGUUUUUUAAUUUUGUGUUGCUAUGUAAUGGAUUAGAUUUUUGUUUCCCCUUGUAUACAUUUAUGAUUGUUAGUUUGUAUUUUAUUAAUAAAGUGCAACAGAAGACUACCAAAAAUGGGUAAUCAAAUAGUUUACAUAUUUAGUAGAUGUGGAAAUUUUAACUGUGGUUGCGAAGUGACAUCCUGCUGUGGAGUGUUGCCUAACUGCAAUUUUUUGAUUUAACCAGGAAAUUAUAAAAAAAUAGCAAAAUUUGUGGUUAUUUAAAACUACCCGGAAAACUCCGUUUCCAAUCCAAAAAAAUAUGCAGUAAUGAAAUUCAUAACUACUUAAUUUUUCAAUUCU